GAAAUUUAUGCUCAGCGUAUGAAAAACGAAUUCAACUGCCCUGUUGUUUUGGGCCCUCCGAGCGUUGCAUACCGUGAAACACUUGCAAAACCGUACAAGUUUUAUUAUCGGCACAAGAAGCAGACCGGAGGCCAGGGACAGUACGGUGAGAUUGAAGGGAUGUUGGAGCCAUUGCCUCCUGCAAAGAAUGCUGAAGUUGAAUUCGUUGAUGAAACCGUCGGCGGCAAUAUACCAAAGAAUUUGAUAGUUCCUUUGAAAAAAGCAAGCCUUUGGCCUAUUGAAUCGAAAAUUUAG